AUGCGGGUGCGGCUGGACGAGACCGGGGAGACCUUCCGCAUCCCCAGCUGCCGCGGCGACAUGACGGUGCGCGAGCUGAAGGAGGAGCUGGACCUCAUGGCGGGAGUCCCCUUCAACCUGCAGUACCUGCACUACCUGGACCAAGGAAUUUUGCUGGACAGCACCACGCUGAGGUUCCACGACAUGGUCCCGGGCGGCGUCAUCUCCCUGGGCAUUUGGCAUUACGACGGCUGGACAGAGCUGGUGCUGGCGGCGGGAGGAGACCCCAGCAAGCUGUCCUGCCUGGGGGUCAGCGAGGACACCGCGUACCGCACCGCCCACUCCCGGGCCCUGCAGGGCGACGGCUGGAAGCAGUGGGUCUCCCAGCGGGCCUUCGUGGCCCUCUACGUCUCCUCCCACCGGGGCCACUCGGAGGCCGUGCAGUACCUUCUAGAACACGGAGCCAGCUGCCUGAGCCGGACCCCGGUGGGCAGGACGGCGCUGCACGCGGCGGCGGCGCUGGGCCGCACGGACUGCAUCACGCUGCUCAUGCGGCACGGGGCGUCGGUGAGCGUGCGGGACGCCCGCGGGGAGACGCCGUGGCCGUGGCCCCGCCGCCUGCGCCGGCGGCAGAGCGAGCGCCGGAUGUUCCUGCUGCACUGGGCGGCCAAGACCGGCGCCCCCCGCCACCCGCCAGCUUCCUCCUCAGCGGCCUCGACAAGGACGCCGGCGCCCGCUGACCGCCGCGCCCACCAUCGCCCCAUUACACCCGCCAGGGGCGCGCCCCGCCUCGCCUCGUGA